CCCCAGGCUGCCUUCCCGCCUGGCCUGUGCACCAGCCUGCCUCUCCUGCUGGCUACUGCCUCCCAGCCGGGGCUGGCAUCCCUGCUCUCAGUCCUGCAGCCUGGACUGUGUCUCCAUCACCACAGGGUUGGCGAGGGGCCUGCCGGACACCAGGGCCCGCCCUCCCAUCCCUGGAAGGGUACUGCUCCUUCCUCAUUUUGCUGCUGAUUCUAGCCCCAAACAAAACAGGUUGAACCCUUUUCCUCCCUCCGGCAGCUCCUCUCUGGCUUGCGGCUGCCUUCUGAGCCGCUGCAGACGGUGCCGGCCAGAGAGGGGGGGCCUGGGCCAGCCCUGUCGGGACUGGGACGGUGCGCCUGGCUCCUGGCCCUCGUUCAGCCCUGUCUGUGGCAGGAGAGCAAGCUUUGCCGUGGCAGUUGCCUGAAGAUGAUGCCCCAGCUUCAGUUCAGAGAUGCCUUUUGGUGCAGGGACUUCACGGCCCACACAGGCUAUGAGGUGCUGCUGCAGCGGCUGCUCGAUGGCAGGAAGAUGUGCAAGGACGUGGAGGAGCUGCUGAGGCAGAGGGCCCAAGCAGAGGAGAGGUAUGGGAAGGAGCUGGUGCAGAUCGCCCGGAAGGCAGGCGGCCAGACAGAGAUCAACUCCCUGAGGGCCUCCUUUGACUCCCUAAAGCAGCAAAUGGAGAAUGUGGGCAGCUCCCACAUCCAGCUGGCCCUGGCCCUGCGUGAGGAGCUGAGAAGCCUCGAGGAGUUCCGUGAGAGGCAGAAGGAGCAGAGGAAGAAGUAUGAGGCCGUCAUGGACCGUGUCCAGAAGAGCAAGCUGUCUCUCUACAAGAAGACUAUGGAUUCCAAGAAGACAUAUGAGCAGAAGUGCCGGGACGCCGAUGACGCCGAGCAGGCCUUUGAGCGCAUUAGCACCAAUGGCCACCAGAAGCAAGUGGAGAAGAGCCAGAACAAAGCCAAGCAGUGCAAGGACUCAGCCACGGAGGCAGAGCGAGUGUACAGGCAGAACAUCGAGCAGUUGGAGAAGGUGCGGGGUGAGUGGGAGCAGGAGCACCGGACCACUUGUGAGGCUUUCCAGCUGCAAGAGUUUGAUCGAUUGACCAUCCUUCGCAAUGCGCUGUGGGUGCACUGUAACCAGCUCUCCUUGCAGUGUGUCAAGGACGAUGAGCUCUACGAGGAGGUGCGGGUGACGCUAGAAGGCUGCAGCGUGGAAGCCGACAUCGAUGGCUUCAUCCAGGCCAAGAGCACAGGCACUGAGCCCCCGGCUCCAGUGCCCUACCAGAACUAUUACGAUCGGGAGGUCGCGCCCUCAUCCGGCAGCCCUGGCGUACAACCAUCUUGCGGUGUGAUAAAGAGGUUCUCCGGGCUACUACACGGAAGUCCCAAGACCACAUCAUUGGCAGCCUCUGCAGAGACCCUGACCCCAACCCCUGAACGGAGUGAGGUUGUCUACUCUGCCAUCACGGUGCAGGAGGCGCCAGGCCCCCCAAGCGUGCCAGCACAGGGCUACAGGGUGCUCUACGACUACACGGCCCAGAAUUCCGAAGAGUUGAAUAUCUCUGCGGGAGACAUCCUGGAAGUCAUCCUGGAAGGGGAGGAUGGUUGGUGGACAGUGGAACGGAAUGGGCAGCGUGGCUUCGUCCCUGGUUCCUACCUGGAGAAGCUCUGAGGAAGGGACAGCAGCCCCCACCUGGACCUGCCCUGCCCUGGGGCCAGCAGAGUCCUCACUGCUGCCCCAGCCUUGCUGGGGCCCUAAGACCAAGCCUACACCCCAGGACAUAUGCUGGAGGCUCCCUGAACAGUCUCUCCCACAGGGAAUAAAGGAGUGCAUUUUUUCUCA